AGAUUGUUUAACAAGUGCGAAGGGAAAAGGGGAUUAAAGUUGUUUUCACAAACGAAGCAAUCAUAUUGUUGAAGUCUCGGUUGACAAAAUGGCAUGCAGCUCAAAGACACCCUCGAGAAGUAGAGAUGACGGUUUCAGGCAACUGUUGCCAUGGUUGAACGGGGGAAGGUCAUAUUUACAAGCAAAACAGCAAGACUUUCGAACAGUAAUCUUUCCAGGAAUGCUGGGCGAACAAAAUAAAGCUGCCGUCGAGCACACAAGUGCCGAAUUGGUUGCAAUGGCGAAACAAGCUUUGUCUAGAGCGGAGCUAGAUAUUGCUGAAAAACACUGUUCUCAAGCCGUACGAAAGCAAAUACUAGAGAACAGGUCGACUGAGGUGAGCUGGCAGCCACAUUUCUGCCUAGGGGAAGUCUUGGAGACGAAAGCAGCGAAAAUUACUGGGAAUUCUUUAGAAAAGCAGAGACUUCUUCUUCAAGCAGGGGCGCUGUACAACUUCGUGAAGAACUGCAUAAAGAAAGGUCGUGCCGUGUUAUCAGCUGAAGGAGAUCCACUUCGAUGUGAUUUUGACUCAGAACUUGACAAGAAGGAGCUGGAGGAACUACGAGACGAGGCGAAAGAAUAUUUGGAAUCGUUGAAACAGAAAAGGUCAGCCUACGAUAGCCAAGAGCACGAAAAGCCGGAGAAGAAAUUUGUUGAACGGGCAUCGGAAAUUAGGAAGUUAUGUGAAAGAAUAUCAUCAAGAGUGAAACGUUUCCUGAGCAGAGUUAUCAGUCAAUGCGUCCAGGUGUUAGGAGAUCCGCCAUGCGACUACGAAGUUGUUGUUCUGGGGUCUUUGGCCCGAGACGAAAUGACGCCAUACUCCGAUCUUGAAUGGGCCAUAUUGAUAAGUUCAGAGGAAGUGAAAUGCAAAGUGUUCUUUCGUAAUUUAACGAACUUGGUUCACUUACAGAUAAUCAACCUCGGGGAAACUAUUCUACCAAGCAUGGGUAUCAAAGCAUUGAGCGGUGAAUGGUUUUACGACAAUGUAACACCGAGGGGGAUAUCCUUUGACGGAUUCCUUCCACAGGCAUGCAAGACUCCGUUGGGAAACAUAAAAGAUUUCGAGUUAAUUCAUUGCCCGGCUAAAAUGGCAGAGUUCCAGAGCGACUCUUGGUGUCAAAAAAAUCCAAAUCUUGCAGAUAUUCUGUUAACUGUUGCUCCACUAGAAUCGAAUGGGCAAACAAAAUUGAUCGAGGAAUACAGAGCACAGCUGGAAAAAUAUUUGUGUUCUCGUGUGAUCUUA